UGGUCCCUAAGUGAACCUCCGCGGGUGAGAGGAGGGAGCGGGAGAGAGCGGCUGGCCGAAAUCUGAGUCCCUGAAUCGGAUCAACUGUGAGCUAGAUGCCGCUAACCCCACGGAGCUUGAAUAUCCAAUAUCCAACUUGAAACUAACUUCACCGCGGUGCUGGCAAAGGGUGAGGUUUAAACUAAACACAUUCAGCUGUUUGGCGGUUUGCCGUUACGUCUUUCCUGACUGAGCCAGUGUCGGUUUCGUUAGCCGAAUUAAGAGCAUGUGAAGCGAGCUGUCCGCGCACAGACAUGGAGACCCUCUCGGAGACCAGAAACGCCGAGGACUGCUUCGGCAGGACUUUUUCCUCUCUCACCGUCGACGAUGUGUACGAGAUAGCCAAAGUGAUCGGAAGCGAAGUGGAGAAACUCAUCGACGGCUACGGCAAAGAGAGCGUCGAGGGUCUUGUGCCGAAGAUAGUGAAAGUGCUGGAGCUGCUGGAGAGCUUCGCGUCGAGGAACCACGCUCACAAACUGAGGGAAGAGGAGCUGCUGAAGACCUUCGAGACCAUACAGCUGCAACAGCAGAAGAAACGCGGGGGGAAGGAAAACGACGAGAGCAACGAUAAACAGGAGAUACGGGAGCUGCAGCAGAAGGAGCAACAGUGGAAGAGGACGUGUGAUGAGCUGCAGGUCCAGAUCCGUCAGCUCCAGGAGGACAGGGAGGUGCUGCAGAGCAGGCUGAGAGGCAGCCAUGCACAGGAAGACCGUGUUCAACGGCAGGAGCGUGAGGUGAUGCUAAAGCUGAAGGAGGUGGUGGAUAAGCAAAGAGAUGACUUGAGGGCCAAAAGCCAGGAGAUAACUACUCACACCAAAGAGGUGGAGGCGCUCCAGGAGCAGCUGGACCGCUUCAUGAAAAUGAAUGGAGAGUUGCGACACAAGCAGAAUGUGAUGCAGGCCCAGCUGAAGAGCACUGUGGAGAGGAAGGCCGACAUGGAGGCCGACCUGAAGGAGAAAAGCAAAGAAAUAGAAAACCUCAGAGCACAGCUCGACAGAACCAACAGCAACACACCUUCCCAACCAAAUCAAACAGCACAGGAGCCAAAGAAAAAGUCUGAGGCAGAUCAUAAGGAUCCUGAUCAACCAUGCUUCACUAAGAAGGAGGUGCGUGACAUCCUUUUCGAGAGGAACGAGCUAAAAACCAACCUCUUUCUGAUACAGGAGGAGCUCAACUACUAUAAGAGGGAGAUACUGAAUGAGGAGAGGUGUCCAGGUUUUCUCUUAGAAGCCGUACGCUCUGCCAUCAAGAAAAAAAGAAAGCUCAUCAAGGCCAAGAUGCUCGGGAUUGCUGUGCCCGAAUGCAGCAGCAGUGAUGAGGAAGAGAGUAGUUCUCUGUGUGGGCAAACAGAAGUGGAUGGCACAGAAGUAAAUGGAACAGAGAAACCAGCUGAGUCACGCAUUCGAAAUCUCUUUGGCUUCCUGACGAGGUCAGGCAGCGUCCCGAGUCCCACCCACAUGAGCAACUCCGCCUCCUGCUGGGAGAUCAUCGGAGACUCCGAGGUCAAUGAUGAAGCAGAGCAGCUGAGGUCUUCCUGAGCCUGGUGGUACAGACCACAAAGUUUGCUGUGCCCGAAUGCAGCAGCAG